AUGGCUUUGUCGCAGAAAGAAGCUGAGGCGACCACCUCAUCGCCGUUGUCGUCAACAGCGUCAUCGGAUCGCGAUGUAAAUUAUGACUUUUACAAACAGCACCAGGGGCUGGAGUAUACCUCAGACGAGGCGAAAAAGGUGCUCCGAAAAGUCGAUUCACGGUUGAUCCCUCUGAUGUUUGUGGUCUAUAUGCUGCAGUACCUGGACAAAAACAGUAUCAAUUUCGCGUCAGUGUACGGCCUGAAACAAGGGACGCAUAUCACAGGCUCUCAAUAUUCAUGGCUUGGCUCGAUAUUCUAUUUCGGAUACCUGAUUGCGCAGUGGCCAGCUGGACUCGCUCUGCAGAAACUCCCUCUUGGGAAGGUCCUCAGUAUUACUACUCUUAUUUGGGGCGCGCUUCUGAUGACCACACCGGCGUGUCAUAAUUUCGCCGGUAUCGCGACCAAUCGCUUCUUACUUGGCUUUGUCGAAGCCAUCGUCAACCCCGGAUUCGUCUUGAUGAUGAGCAUGUGGUAUACGGCGAUCGAGCAGCCGCUGCGUCUGGAAGCCUACUACUGCACCAACGGCAUUGCCACUAUGUUUGGAGGACUGAUUGGUUACGCCGUCGGACACAUCACGACUGGUCUGCCGAGAUGGAUGUAUGUGUUCCUUAUCUUCGGCGCAUUCUCCGUCGCAACCGGUAUAAUCGCCCUGAUUCUCUUCCCGGAUCUCCCCUGGACCGCGAAAUUCCUGAACGAGCGCGAACGAGCAAUUGCUGUGGAGCGAGUCGCAAUUAACCGCCAGGGCGUGAAGAACAACAAGUUCAAAUGGUACCAGGUCUGGCAGGCCGCGCGGGACCCCAAGACAUGGUUGUUAUUCAUCAUGGCUGUGGGUGCGCAGGUUCCCAACUCAGCCCUCACAAGCUUCACAUCAAUCAUUGUCAAAUCCUUCGGCUUCGACACCCUCGGCACCCAAUACCUACAGAUCCCCGGUGGUGCGGUGCAAUUCCUGGCUCUCCUGAUCGGCGGCAUCGUCGCCACAAAAUACGGCGACAAGUUCCACUCCCGAAGCGCCUGCAUGAUCGUUGCCAACACAAUCUGCAUUAUCGGAUCUGGCUUGCUGGUCGGAUUGCCCGAUUCGAACAAAUGGGGCCGCUUGGUGGCACUCUGGCUGUGUUACUUCCAGGGUCUCGGCUUCAGUAUGAGCUUGACCUUUGUCAGUUCAAAUAUCGCUGGCUAUACGAAGAAGCAGGUUACGGGAGCCUUGCUGUUCACCGGAUACUGCGUGGGCAAUAUCAUUGGCCCUCAGACCUUCCGGGAUAAUGAGGCCCCGGGAUAUCACAGUGCCUAUAUUGCGAUGCUGGUCGGGUACUCUGUUAAGCUCGUGUCUAUCACCGCGCUCUACCUGUAUAUGUAUUUUGAGAAUAAGCGGAGAGAUCGAGCAGCGCUUGACGAGAAUAGCGAGGAAGCAGAGGGUAUUGAGAAUGGAAUGCUGGAUCAAACCGAGAUUGAUAACAAGGCAUUCCGUUACGUGUUAUAG